AGGCUUUAUAACCACUUCGUAGCGGCUGGUCGGCUUCUGUCUCCGGGAGGGCUGCCGAGGCGGCGGCGGCGGCGGCGGCCGGGGCGCCGGCUGGGGGGCCGCUGAGGCGGGAGCUGCGGCGGCGCUGGGCGCCCCUGGCCCCUCAGCCUCUGCCGGCCAUGGGCUCCGAGAAGGACUCCGAGUCGCCGCGCUCCACCUCGCUCCAUGCGGCCGCCCCCGACCCUAAGUGCCGCAGCGGCGGCCGGCGCCGGCGCCUCACCUUCCACAGCGUCUUCUCCGCCUCGGCCCGCGGUCGCCGCGCCCGGACCAAGCCUCAGGCCGAGCCGCCGCCCCCGGCCGCGCCGCCGCCUCCCGCCCCGGCCCCGGCUGAGGCCCAGGCCCCGCCGAUGGAGGCGCUGCCCGCCGAGCCCGCUGUCGAGGCUGAGGCGGAGGCCGCGGCUGCGGGGCCGGAGGAGGACGAGGCGGCCGAGGGCGGCGGCGCGGAGGAGGUGGAGUGUCCGCUGUGCCUGGUGCGCCUGCCGCCCGAGCGGGCCCCGCGCCUCCUCAGCUGCCCGCACCGCUCGUGCCGGGACUGCCUCCGCCACUACCUGCGCCUGGAGAUCAGCGAGAGCCGCGUGCCCAUCAGCUGCCCCGAGUGCAGCGAGCGUCUCAACCCACACGACAUCCGUCUGCUGCUGGCCGACCCGCCGCUCAUGCACAAGUACGAAGAGUUCAUGCUGCGCCGGUACCUGGCCUCGGACCCCGACUGCCGCUGGUGUCCGGCCCCUGACUGCGGUUAUGCUGUUAUUGCCUAUGGCUGUGCCAGCUGCCCAAAGCUAACCUGUGAGAGGGAAGGCUGCCAGACUGAGUUCUGCUACCACUGCAAGCAGAUAUGGCAUCCAAACCAGACCUGCGAUAUGGCCCGUCAGCAGAGGGCUCAGACUUUACGAGUUCGGACCAAGCACACUUCAGGUCUCAGCUAUGGGCAAGAAUCUGGACCAGCAGAUGACAUCAAGCCAUGCCCACGAUGUAGUGCUUACAUUAUCAAGAUGAAUGAUGGAAGCUGUAAUCACAUGACCUGUGCAGUGUGUGGCUGUGAAUUCUGCUGGCUUUGCAUGAAAGAGAUCUCCGACUUGCAUUACCUCAGUCCCUCUGGCUGUACAUUCUGGGGCAAGAAGCCAUGGAGCCGGAAGAAGAAGAUUCUUUGGCAGUUGGGCACAUUGAUCGGUGCUCCAGUGGGGAUCUCGCUCAUUGCUGGAAUUGCAAUUCCUGCCAUGGUCAUUGGCAUUCCUGUUUACGUUGGGAGGAAGAUUCACAGCAGAUAUGAGGGAAGGAAAACCUCCAAGCACAAGAGGAAUUUGGCCAUCACAGGAGGAGUGACUUUAUCAGUCAUUGCAUCCCCAGUGAUUGCUGCUGUUAGCGUUGGUAUUGGUGUCCCCAUUAUGCUGGCAUAUGUCUAUGGGGUUGUACCCAUUUCUCUCUGUCGUGGAGGAGGCUGUGGAGUUAGCACAGCCAAUGGAAAGGGGGUGAAAAUUGAGUUUGAUGAAGAUGAUGGUCCAAUCACAGUGGCAGAUGCCUGGCGGGCCCUCAAGAACCCCAGCAUAGGGGAGAGCAGCAUCGAAGGCCUGACUAGUGUGCUGAGCACCAGUGGGAGCCCUACAGAUGGACUCAGUGUUAUGCAAGGCCCUUACAGUGAAACAGCCAGCUUUGCUGCCCUUUCUGGGGGCACACUGAGUAGUGGCAUUCUCUCCAGCGGCAAGGGAAAGUACAGCAGGUUAGAAGUCCAAGCCGAUGUCCAAAAGGAAAUUUUCCCCAAAGACACAGCCAGUCUUGGUGCAAUUAGUGACAACGCAAGCACUCGCGCUAUGGCUGGUUCCAUAAUCAGUUCCUACAACCCACAGGACAGAGAGUGCAACAAUAUGGAAAUCCAAGUGGACAUUGAAGCCAAACCAAGUCACUAUCAGUUGGUGAGUGGGAGUAGCACAGAGGAUUCUCUGCAUGUCCAUGCACAGAUGGCAGAGAAUGAAGAAGAGGGUAAUGGCGGUGCUGAUGUUAGUGUUGGUGGCAGCGAAGAAGAUCCCCCUUGCAAACACCAAAGCUGUGAACAGAAAGACUGCCUGGCCAGCAAGGCUUGGGACAUCAGCCUGGCCCAGCCAGAAAGCAUCCGCAGUGACCUAGAGAGCUCUGACACACAGUCGGAUGAUGUGCCAGACAUCACUUCAGAUGAGUGCGGCUCCCCUCGUUCCCAUGCUGCAGCCUGUCCCUCCACCCCCAGAGCCCAUGGUGCACCGAGCCCAAGUGCCCACAGGAACCUCGCUGCUCCAGCAGAGGGCCAGACUGUCUUGAAGCCAGAAGAGGAUGAAGUGGAGUGAAGGCUGCUGCUCUGAGAAGCACACUUGUUGUAACUGCAUCUUUUGGAAUCUUUUUGGGGGGAGGGUUGGGGAUUUAUGUAUUUUGUUUCAAAGAUUCUCUGGUCAGGGUUCCCCCCAGGGAAGUUCUGAGAAAUUUGCAAUUUCUUACCAGAUAAAAAGUGAAAUUUUUGCCUCUAAUAUCCCUCCCCUUACCCCCUUGUUUUUAGUUUUAAUUUAUUGGUUAAACUGAUGUUGGCAAUCUGUGAGGUGUGUCAAAGAAUGUACAUAUGUAUGUGUGUAUAUUGUAUGUAUGCUAACAUAUUAUUGAUGACACAUUUUAAUAAAGAUUUCUGUGGUAAUUCA